AUUGACUUUGCAGCCUUUCGAUAUCUAACAAGCUAAACUCGGGUCAAUCUCAUCCUAUGAACAGUAUGGUGGCUAUCGUGCGCACCCAAGCCUCGGUCUUCGGCAACAAGAAGUCGGCCUUUGGCCGGAUCCAUCCGACCACCAUGCGCAGAACCGUCAAGGGGAAGGCCGGAUCGGGCCCGAAUUUCAAGCUUGACCAGCCUGAAAAGCUCUGGGAGAUUGGCAGCAGUUCAUGGUGGCCAUUCAACAACUAUGAAUCUCCCGAGUACUUGGACGGCUCUCUCCCCGGUGACCGUGGAUUCGAUCCAUUUUCUUUGGGAGCGAGCUGGGGAUCACCGCCUGGUAGUUUCUCGUCCUUGCUGGAUUUGGCUGAUCAGUUGCAAAAUAGCGAUGACCCGAGUUUCAUGCUUGUCUUGUCGCGCAGACGGUGCUACCGACUCCCAAAGUCGCCUUGGGUGGCUGCUGGAGGGAGAGCUUUACAAUGGUCGCUUGGCUAUGCUGGCGGUUGUGGGCGUCCUGACUGUGGAGUUCUUGGGCAAGGGUCCCUGGUGGACUGCACCUGCUGCUGCGGCCAUCCCGGUCGGCACCUACGUUGCUGGAGUGGUGACCACACACGUCAUCUUUGCCCUGCUGGAGAAGAAGCGCCUGGAGAACUGGCAAGAGAAGGGCGAGGCAGGUCACUUUGGGCUGGCGCCUUUUGAUCCUGUGGGCCUCACGACCGACUACAACCGCCAAGCUGAGGUGCGCAACUGCCGGCUGGCAAUGCUGGCGGCACUGGGAUUUGCCACGCAGGCAUAUGUCACCGGCAAGGGCCCCCUCGAGAACGCGGUGGACCACCUGCGCGACCCCUUCGGCCAGAACAUCUUCACGCAGGGCGAGAAGGGCACUGCAGUGGUGGCCAUCUUCCUGGCCUUCUCUGUGGUUCUGCACCUGGCAGAGGGAGCCCGCCAGGCCGCCGCCUCCAAGGGCUACUCUUCUUCCAAGAGGGGCAUUGCCUGA